AUGUCCACCUCCCCCCUCCUCGACCUCCCCACCGAGCUCCUCCUCAAAAUCGCCCGCCACCUCCCCCUCCACAGCCUCACCCGCCUCGUCCGCGCCAACCACCUCUGCAAUGACCUCCUCACCCCCCUCCUCUACGAGCGGCCCAUCCGCGACGUCAACGGCUACCUCCCCGUCAUCUUCUGGGCCACAAUGCUCGGAAGCGCUGCCCUCGUAUCCCGCAUCCUCGACCGCAGCGUCGCCGACACCAUAAACAUGUACGCCCACCCCGACCCCGGCGAGCGUCUCCCCGACUGCUUGCACUCCGACCCCCACCACCGCAUGCACUUCUACCGCUCGUGGCUCCUUGCAAAAUGCUCGGUGCGCCACCAUCCCUGCCAGAAUCUCCUUCAGUGGGCGGUCUGCUGCCACAGACUCGACAUCGUGGAGCUCCUGCUGCAGCGCGGCGCACACAUCAAUCCCGAGCCGCACCGCUGGUGUACUGCCCCGCGUGGCAGCGAGCCCGUGGGAACGGCGCUCCACUAUGCGGUCGAGUACUCAAAGUACCUGACUGCGUACCCGCCCGAGGAGAUCGUCGGCGCCCUCCUCGACCACGGCGCGGACCGGGACGUGGGGGAUUCGGAGGGCGACAACGCGCUGCAGGCGCACCUCAAGUCGCGGCUGCCCUCGGACGUCAUUGUGCGCAAGAUGCUUGACCACGGGUAUGACGCGAACGGGGUUGGGAACGACGGGCACACGCCGCUGUGGACGGCGGUUGAUGGGGCGAGGGUAUUUAGUGAGGGCGUGGUGGCGCUGCUGGUGGAGCGCGGAGCGGACACGGGGGUGAGGGUGUUUGGGGAGUCGAUUUUGCACCGUGUUGUUGCGAGGCUGGGGCGGGAGGCGGGGACGGGGAUGGGGACGGCGAUGGGCUGGUGGAGUGCGUUGAGGUACUUUUUGCACUGUGCGGACGAUGUGAAUGUGAGGGAUUCGUGCAAUCAGUCGUUGCUGCAUUAUGCGGUGGCGAAGAUGCAUAUGCGCUGUUUACCGGCGUUGAGGUUAUUCGUGGAGAGUGGCGUGGACCAUAAGUUGAAGGAUAUAUUUGGGAGGACGGCGCUGGACCUGGCGGUGGGGGUUGGCGGGGAGGAUGCGGUUGCGUUUUUGCAGGGACUUCGUGCGCCGGUGCAGAGUAUUGAGCUUCUUGAUUCGAGUAUGCAGAGUUUAAGUAUAUCCAGUGGUGGUGAAUCUAUCUAG